GUAAAUCGCGAAGACAGCAAUGGAAGGACGGCGCUACAUGUGGCUGCUGAGAAUGGAAAAGUGGCAAUAGUCAACGCGCUGAUUGACAACAAGGCAUACGUUGACGCAAGGGACAAAAGUGGUCAGACAGCGCUGCACAUAGCAUCUUGGAGAGGAGACGAGGCAAUAGCAGCGCUACUAGUGAAGAACGGAGCGGACGUCAACGCAAAGGACAACAAUGGGGAGACCCCGUUGCAUCGC